CCCGAAAAAUGGACGAUUUGGAAGGCAAAAAGUGCAUUGGAUGCCAGAAACCGGCAAAACUACGAUGCCCGACAUGCAUUAAAAUGUCACUGCCCGACGCGUAUUUCUGUGAUCAGUCCUGCUUCAAAGCAUUCUGGCCGAUUCACAAAUUCUCGCACUCGGACGUCAACGGGCCGUACAAUCCGUGGCCGUGCUACUCGUUCACAGGCUCGCUUCGCCCAGGCCGAGUCACCGAUCGUCGCCCGGUUCCCGAUCACAUCCCCCGCCCGGAUUACGCCCUUCACCCGCAAGGCGUCUCUCUGGAGGAACGUCAAUCGAAAAGUGAACGUGUGAUUAAAGUAUUGACCGACGAGGAGAAGGAGGGCCUGAAAGUGGCCUGUAAACUAGGCCGUGAAUGCCUGAAUGAGGCCGCCAAGGCCUGCGGGCCUGGAGUUACUACUGAGGAAAUCGAUCGAGUUGUGCAUGAGGCGGCAAUUGAACGAGAUUGUUAUCCGAGCCCGUUGGGAUAUUAUAAGUUCCCGAAGAGUUGUUGUACUUCUGUUAAUGAGGUCAUUUGUCAUGGAAUUCCGGAUAUGAGAAAGUUGGAGAAUGGAGAUCUUUGCAAUGUCGACGUCACCGUCUAUCACCGCGGUUUCCAUGGAGAUCUCAACGAAACCUUCUUGGUCGGUGAUAAAGUCGACGAGGAGUCCAGGAAACUUGUCAAAGUUACAUUUGAGUGUCUUCAACAGGCUAUCGCUAUUGUGAAGCCAGGCGUCAAAUUCCGUGAAAUUGGAAAUGUGAUUCAAAAACACGCCAAUGCAAAUGGAUUCUCAGUUGUUAAGGGUUACUGUGGACAUGGUAUUCAUCGCUUAUUCCAUACUGCACCAAAUGUUCCGCAUUAUGCUAAAAACAACGCGACGGGCGUUAUGAAGGCAGGCAACUCGUUCACCAUCGAGCCGAUGAUCAACGCCGGCACCUACCACGACGACAAAUGGCCUGACGAUUGGACCGCCGUUACCAGAGAUGGCCGCCGCUCUGCCCAAUUCGAACAGACACUUUUGGUUACUGACACUGGCUGCGAGAUUCUGACAAAGAGAGACGGAAACCGCCCGUGGUUUAUGGAUCAGAUUGAGCAGAGUUAUUGAUUUAUUAAUUUUUUAUACUUUUUUUUUUUGAAUUGUUUGGCCUUUUUUACUUGAAUAAAUCGUUUUUCCUUG